GAACCAGACACGGACGAAGAUGAUGAUCCUGAGGACGUGGCUCAAGCCAUGGAUGAGCUCACUUUUAUCAUUCGGGAACAAACCCGUUAUGACGACAUGAAAGCCGACAUUGAGAAACAGCUGGACGAAUGUCGGCACAAGGCCAAAGUUUUAGAAGAGGAAUUACCGCAGCAAAUAAACACCCAGGAGCAACGAGAAGUGUACAUGUUGUUGCUGAGGGUGCAUGAGUUGGAAAUCGAAAGAACUGAGCUGCAGAGAGACGCUUUAUUGAGAGAACAUCAGCUGAGAAGACGGGAUUUGUUGCUGGUGAGACACGAGAUGCAGCGGAAUUUGUGCGACCAAAUCAUCACUCGCCAACGACAAUUGAUCAGCGAACCAGACACGGACGAAGAUGAUGAUCCUGAGGACGUGGCUCAAGCCAUGGAUGAGCUCACUUUUAUCAUUCGGGAACAAACCCGUUAUGACGACAUGAAAGCCGACAUUGAGAAACAGCUGGACGAAUGUCGGCACAAGGCCAAAGUUUUAGAAGAGGAAUUACCGCAGCAAAUAAACACCCAGGAGCAACGAGAAGUGUACAUGUUGUUGCUGAGGGUUCAUGAGUUGGAAAUCGAAAGAACUGAGCUGCAGAGAGACGCUUUAUUGAGAGAACAUCAGCUGAGAAGACGGGAUUUGUUGCUGGUGAGACACGAAAUGCAGCGGAAUUUGUGCGACCAAAUCAUCACUCGCCAACGACAAUUGAUCAGCGGU